AUGGCUUGCAUGCAGCAGAUCUUGGCGGCAGGGAUCGCAGUGCUGAUCACGGUGCUGGAUAACUUCCCAUAUGGAUUUUUAGUAUUCCCCAUGGCUCAUGAUCUGCAUGGGCUCGGUGUUUCGAUGGUGCUGCUCUCUGCCGCGAUUGCCCAAGCUGUAUUUUCAUGCUGCUCGAGCUUGCCUGAGGGGCUUGGCUGCAUGAUUGUUGAAAACAUCCCGAUGUUGCACUCGAUGGCGCUAUCGGUGUCGACAUCUUUGGCGGACAGGUCUGAAAGGAUUCUGCCUACUACUCUAGCUUUGUAUUCGACAGCAUCCCUUGCAACAGCUGGUGCCUUCUUACUCUUGGGUCAUUUUGAGCUGGAGCGGGUGUUCACGAUUUUGCCGAAGCCAGUGCUGAUGGGCUGCAUCGGUGGGAUGGGUAUCUACAUCACAGCAGCAGGCGUGGAAGCCACCACCGGGAUUGGCUGGGCUUGGAGCGGGACCGCGCUCCUGCAGCAGGCAAUGCAUUGGCCAAGAAUCCUUCUUUUGCUCCUCUUGGAGCUCACCCUCCUGAAUUUUUUACGGCUAGCACGGGGCAGGGAAUGGGAAUCCUUCGUGUUGCCGCUUUUCUUCUUGGGACUGGUCCCCGCCAGUUGGAUUGCUCUGUAUGCAGCUGGUUUUUCUCAUGAGCUGGCGCAGGAGCAGGGGUGGAUUUUCAAUAACUUUCCAGCAACGACGAGCUACUUCAGUCUCUGGAGACUUGACCUCAUCGCAUGGGAGGUCUUCCCCCACCAGCUUCCACUGCUGAUGGGCAUCGUGGUGUUCAGUUGCCUCCAUGUUCCUGUCAAUGUCCCCGCUCUUGCACAAGCCACAGGGCGGAAAGUCAACGUAAACCAGGAGCUGUCAGCACAUGGUGUUGCAAAUUUAAUUGCCGCUUGUGUAGGAACGCUGCAGAACUACAUGGUUUACUCAUCGAGUCUGCUGUACUUCAAGUGCGGAGGUGGUGCCAGGGCGACUGGCUUUUGUGUGGCUUUGGUUGUAUUAAUGGUCAUACCCCUGGCCAGUUCCUUAAUAUCCUAUCUUCCACGAGUUCUUUCUGGGGUGCUGCUGGGCCACCUUGGCAUUGAACUCAUGUGGGAAGCCCUUGUUGACACGUGGCCGACGCUAGAUAUCCUGGAGUAUCUCAUUGUUGUCUCAAUAGCUGCGAUUUGCAACGUCAGCUUCAUUUACGGAUUGCUAAUUGGACUGCUGUGUGCGUGCAUUGCAUUCGCAGUGCAAGCUGCGCGCUCUGAUCCUGUACGCUUUGCCUUUUACCCAGGGCGGGGUGUACGCUCUCGGAAGCUGAGAAGCCAAAUAGAGUUACGGAUCCUGGAAGAGUUUGACAACAGGGGUGGCUUCAUGGUCCUGAGACUUCACGGCGUGCUUUUCUUUGGAAACACGCACUCCCUGCCCAAGAGGGUGCAGGACAUCGAGUGCCAGGUCUUGAUCCUUGACUUUGCGCAGGUCAUCUCGAUUGACUCCUCAGCCUACAGUCAGCUGGAUAUGUUGGCAACGCAACUGCAAAGCAGGGGUAUAGAGCUCCUGUGCAGCGGCCUGCUGGCAGAGAUGGCCAAGGUAACAAGAUAUACUCGACUUUCCGCUGCGAGCUUCUUUCUUGACAUGGAUGCGGCGGUUCAGCGGGUGGAAGAGAUGGUUUUGACUCUCUCGAAUGGUCUGCCCGCCCAACCGCCAACUCUAUGUCGCUCGCAAGCCGCAGCUUCAAAACCCUGGGCAGCUCAAGCUUUGGAGGCUGACCAGCAAUUCUUUGAUGACGUGUGCUGCAACCUGUUGGAACCCCUUGGCCUUCCGCAGCCUGAAACGAGUAUUUCACUUCGGAGAUUCUUCGAGUUUCAGCGUGCUGUUGAAGGCACCGUCUUGUGGAAUCCUGGUGAUCCCUCUGACUUCGCUUUCCUGCUUGUCAGCGGGCACGUGGGUGUUCUGGAUGACUACUGCGACCGUGGUGGAGCGCAGAUGGACGGCCGCAGCUUCGUGGACUGCAGCGUGCGAGGGCAAUUCACUGGUGAACUGAACCUGUUCACCGGCGAAUCACGCAAGAAUCGAAUCAUUGCGACAGAAGACCUGUCCAUGUGGACCGUGACGCGCAGCAGCUUGAUCCGAAUGCAGCGAGAAGCGCUGCCGCUGGCUUUCGCUCUGCAAGGCAUUGCGCUCCGGUAUGCUGCACACAGGAUGUACCUCAGCAUGCUCGAUGGUCACGCAGGGCUGGGCAAGCACAGUGGCACCUACCAGGGCAAUGCGCUGUUCACUUGCCGGGACGGUCAUGGCAGCUUCGCGAAGGUGGAGAAAAUCGAGCUUGGGAUGCCAAUUCAGCGCGCGAUCGCAGAGAAAUAUUUUGCAACGGCGCUGCCUGAGGCUGCCAAGAAAAGCACACGUCAAGAGACUUUGGAUGCUAUGGAGUACAUGGACUCCAAGGGCAGGGAAAAGUCCAUGGCAGUAGAGUUCGUGGGGCGCUAUGACAUUGAGCAGAGGCAGCAGCGACUAGAGGGAUUUGUUGAGAUGUCCUUGGCCGAGAGUGCUUUGGCUUCUCGCUACCCUGAUGAAAUUUGGUCGGGUGACUGGAGCUUGCCCAAUCUGAAGAGCCUGUGGUUGGACAAGACGCCGAUCUGCGAGUGGGCAGAUGUGGCCGCAAUAUGCGAGCUGUGUCCCAACCUGGAGUGGCUCUCUCUGUCGAGGACGCGACUGAGAUCUUGUCAGAGGGGGGCACUGCCUCAACCUGCUCAUGCACCGAAGGGUAUUUCAGAGCGAUUGGUGUUCAAGCCUUUUGUGUGCAAAGUGCGCACAUUGAUCCUAAACGGAACGCAGAUUACCUGGCCAGAUCUCCUUGCAGUUGACUCGCUUGGUCUGUUCCCGCAGCUGGAGCAUCUGCAUCUUUCCCAGAACUCGUUGGAGGAGGGAAUUCCCCAUUCGCUGGAUGAGAUCCAGGGUGAUUCGCCUGGACGUCCCUUGCAGAGGCUGCAGUCCUUGGUCUUGGACAACAACGGGAUCUCUGAUUGGACGGUUCUGCGGCGUGCCAUUACAACUUUUCCUUCCUUGCAGGCAUUGCACCUCAAUGGCAAUUUGCUUGGGGAAAGCAUUCAGGGUCUCGCUGAAGCUGCAGCGGAUCAGACUCCACGACGACUGACAGCAUUAUUCCUCAAUGAGAACAAGCUUGCAUCCUGGCGGAGCAUUGGGGCACUGGCCAGCUAUGCUCUUCUGGAGCUCAAGGUGCAGCGGAUACCGCUCACAGACUCGACGUCACCACUUGCCUCGCCAAUGCUGCUUCGUCAGGUACUCAUUGCACUCAUGCCUACUUUGUUGCGGCUCAAUGCGUCCGAAGUAACAGUGAAGGAGAGGACAGCUGCGGAGAGGUACUUCCUCUCGAUCGCCCAGCAAAACAGCCCGUUGGUUCAGGGAUUGGCGGAAUCCUGCGACAUUGCUGAACACGUUGAGCGAUUGCGCGCCAUUCAUGGCAACGUUGUUGGUGGUGACAUCACUGAGCACUCGCAAGCAUCCAGAUCAGCACUGUCGAAUGCACUGGUGGAGGUCACUUUGCGGCCCGUUGGUGCUGCUAUUGUGGAGAAGCCUCUGAUGCGAAAGAAGGUGCCACACACUAUGACGGUUGGAGAGCUGAAGCGGCUAGCGCAGCUUCUUUUCAAGCAGGUGCCGCUGGACAGACUGCUCCUGACCUUGGCAGAUGAUGGGCUCCCAUUUGGGGUGCCGCUCGAUGAUGAGGCAAGGGAGCUUGGCUUCUUCGGAAUUGGCGACGGAGCUGAGAUCCGCGUAGACGAUUCUGCAGAUGUCCCGGCUCCAAAGAUGCCAGCGAGCUAG